AUGGCACAUCAGCCCGCAGUCCAUUAUACAGUUGACCCUUCUACCAACCCCAGUUCAUGGCCGUCACCAGCUCCAGAAUUCGGCAACGCCAUCAUCAACAGAGUCGAUGUAGUUUUUAUCAACAUCAAUGGGGACUCCAAUUUCCGCAUUCUCCGAACGGGUACCAACCAACAUGUUCACCAUGCGGUAACACAGGCCACAAAGCAUAUAGCCCGGUGCCUCUACCGAAUCGUCAACAUGAACGUCAGCGACUAUUCGUGCGUGGUGGUUAUGUCUACAGAAAAACGAAAGAGGAGCUUCUUUUCAGGAAUGGGUUCCCUUGGGACAUGGAAAAUGACCCUCAGCCAGAUGUUGUUUUGA